AUGUGUGUUGCCUUAAUUUUGUUAACAAAUUCCUUCUAUAAAGUAUAUUACUGGUUGUUCGACUUAUGCGAACAUGCUCUCGUCAGUUUAUUACUUCUGGCUACAGUAUUCAUAUUUUUCUUGCCGGUCAUCGUUAACAUCGAAUCGGACGAACAACGCCCGUUGUUUACUAUCGCAGUUCUUGUAUCAGGAGUGGUCGGCGGCUUGGCCGUUGUGAUAACUGCAGUUUAUCUAUACCGUUUCUGUUUGAAAAAAAGGCCUCCUGUCACGACAACAUGCAAACCCGAACAGAAGCGAGAACAGAUCCGCAGCGAGCAACCGAGCCAAUGCCGACCACUCCCAUUACUUCUAGAAGAUCAUUCUAGAGAACAAACAGUAGAUACUGUGGUAGAACGUGACUCGGGGUGCUUCGGAUCACCCACCAAGAUAGCUCAAGUAUUUCCUUUAAUGCCAAAAGAAACUCCAUAUGUGCAAAGAAGUCUCAUCCAGAGUCAUCAAGAUAUUCCUCAAAACACAACUUAUCAAGCAACCAAUCAAAGUAGAGCUUCAUCAUUCUUAGCAGUAGGCGAUUUACCAUUACGUGCUCACUCAGCAGAACUUCUAUCAGUUAAUGAUUCUCAAGAGAUGCGACGAUCAUCAUGCGAUGUGCCAAGAGGGACGGGGCGUCAAUUGCCAAGUACGGAAGGACUCGAAGUUAGUUUAUUUUUGUAA